AGUACAACUCUACAUUCCAAUACCAAUUCAGUGAAUCACCUUUUAUCUCCUUUCUACACCAUUUCCCUCUAAAAUAAAGAAAAAAGUAGAACAAUAAUAAUACACCUUUACCUUUCUCUCUCUGUGGCGAAACUGUAACAAAAUUUGUUGUACGAAUCUCACUAAGGAACUUCUCAACAUCUUCUUCGAAUUGGAUUCUUCUAGUAACAAUUUCUUGGAGUUCUCGAUUAUUCGUGAUUCUCUGCUACCUAAUCUGAACUGAGUUUUUUUUUAAAGAAUCAGUUAGGUUUUAGUGAAUUUGAUCAAGAAGUUUUGAUUAAUGAGAAGAAGAUCUGUUCAAGUAUCUCUGAAUUCUACUGGAAAUGGAGAAACGAGCGUAUAAAUUACAGGAAUUUGUAGCGCAUUCGUCAAAUGUCAACUGUUUAAGUAUUGGAAAGAAGACUGGUAAAGUUUUUAUAACAGGUGGAGAUGAUUACAAGGUGAAUCUAUGGGCGGUUGGGAAAUCAACUUCUUUGCUGAGUCUAUCUGGUCACACGAGUUCAAUUGAAACUGUAGUUUUUGAUUCCGCGGAGGUUUUAGUUCUCUCUGGAGCUUCUACUGGUGCAAUAAAGUUGUGGGACUUGGAAGAGGGAAAGAUUGUACGCAAUUUAACGGGACACAGGUUGAACUGCACUGCUGUUGAAUUCCAUCCUUUUGGAGAGUUCUUUGCUUCCGGCUCUUCUGACGCCAAUCUUAAGAUUUGGGAUAUCAGAAAGAAGGGAUGCCUUCAUACUUAUAAGGGUCAUACCCAAGGAGUUAGUACAAUUAAGUUUUCUCCGGAUGGUCGUUGGGUUGUUUCUGGUGGAGCUGAUAAUGUGGUUAAGAUAUGGGAUCUAACAGCUGGAAAGCUUCUGCAAGAGUUUAAAUAUCACGUGGGGCAAAUUCGGAGCAUAGAGUUUCAUCCUAUGGAGUUCCUUCUAGCCACAGGCUCUGCAGACCGAACUGUAAAGUUCUGGGAUCUAGAAACCUUUGAACUGAUUGGAUCUGCAGGAGCAGAGGCUUCUGGGCUUCGCUCUAUGACAUUCCACCCUGAUGGGCGUACCCUAUUUUGUGGACUUGACGAUAAAUUGAAGAUUUUCUCAUGGGAGCCUAUAAAGCAUCACGAUGUUGUUGAUAUGGGGUGGUCUACAUUGGAUGACCUUAGUAUUCACGAUGGAAAGCUUUUGGCCUGCUCUCACUACCGAAACUCUGUUGAUGUGUGGGUUGCAGAUAUUUCAUUAAUUGAGCCCCACAGAGUUGGUGGUACACCCCAGUCAUUUGGUAACAAGGAGCAGAAAUUUAAUAUUCAGGAGGGCAUUGUACAGUCUAGUACCGAGAGGCAUACCAGUCCCCGUGUUGUACCUAGAAACAAUGCGGAGAGUACAGUCCGGCCUAGGAGAGAAACUAACAGCAGUGAAAGAGGCAGUCCUGGUAUCCGGCGUGAGCCAACUCUCACACGUAGGCCAUCUAGCCGAAAAUCAGACAGUAAGUUGUCAACGGCAGCUGAACCUGGAUUUGUUAGCAGCAAGAAAAGUGGUUCAGACAUUUCAGAAGAACCAAAGUUCCAUUUUAGGUUUCUAUCAAUAAAUGAACCUACAAAAACCAGCGAGGAGGAGAGCAGUAUCAGCAGCAAGGUUGCAGAGAAGGCUGAAAGAGCGCCAUCACCGGAUGUGCCUUUGAGCUCCAGCUGCGAGAAUCGCGUCCAGGCACAAAAUUCUAACGGGGAGACUAGCUCUACUAAAAUUGUUAGAGGAGUGGCAGUUCAGCUAGGAAGGACACGGUCUCUAGUUCAGAGAUGGGAGAGCAGAGAUAAAUGUAAUAACAGUGAAGAUCUGACAAAAAAUGCAAUAUCCGAAGAUCUAACUCCCACUUUGGAGCAUAAAGGACCAGUUCCUCAGGGGGAGGCAGCAGGUGUUACAGAAAAAGAGACGGAGGCAUUACAUCUAUUAGAAAAGGAGAGGGAGGCACUGUCUCUUAUAGAGAAGGAAAGAGAGGCAUCGGCUCUUCUCAGAAAAGAAAGGGAGACAUUGGCUCUUCUGCAGAAAGAAAGGGAGGCGUUGGCUCUUCUGAAGAAACAAAGAGAGGAGUUAGCUUUUCUCAAAAAAGAAAGGGAAGCUUUAGCUAGACUCGAGAAGGAAAAGGAUGCACUGGCUCUUCUCGAAAAAGAAAGGGAGGCAUCGGCUCUUCUUGAAAAGGAAAGGGAGGCAUUGGCUCUUAUUGAAAAAGAAAAAGAAGCAUCCCGACUUAUUGAAAUAGAGAGGGAAGCAUUAAGCCGCAUUGAAAAGGAAAGGGAAGCAUCGCGUCGUAUAAAAGAGCAGGAAGCAUCACGUCUUAUUGAAAAAAAACGGGAAGCAUCACGUAUCAAUGAAAAAGAAAGGGAAACAUCACGUUCUAUUGAAAAAGAAAGGGAGGCAUCACGUAGAAACAACGAGGAUGUUAUUGAUGGGAUAAUGCAAAAUCAUGAUGUAUUCUUAAGUGAUCUCCGGUCCCGCCUAACUAAACUACAGGUGGUGCGGUAUUUUUGGCUGCGGAAUGACGUCAAAGGUGGCAUUGAUGCUGUUGGGAAGUUGCCUGAUCACUGUAUUCAAGCUGAUGUGGCUGCUGUUCUAGUUGACAAAAUGGAAAUUGUAACCCUGGAUCUGUUCACUUGCCUGCUUCCUUUAUUUACAAGCUUACUAAAUAGCAACAUAGACAGGCACACAAAUGUCUCACUGGAAAUGCUACUGAAGCUUGUGGCGAUAUUUGGACCAGUGAUUCGGUCAACCAUGUCAUCUUCUCCAUCUGUACGGGUCGAUCUUCAGGCGGAGCGGAGGCGUGGAUUGUGCAAGCAAUGCUCUAUACACCUACAAAAAAUAAAACAGCUUCUUCCUUCAGUGACUAGGAGAGGUGGUUCAGUAGCAAAAGGUGCUCGAGAAUUGAAUUUAGUUCUUCAAUAACUAUAGCUUUCAGUUUCUCUGACUAAAAGAAGAAGAAUGGUAAAAGAAAAGACUUCCUGACCAGGGGUUUUAGGCUAGCUCCUUUCUCACACAUCUAGCAGAACAUACUCUAACUGCAUCCCUUUUGGCACCUGGUAUGUGUACCCUUUCGAACCUUAGUACUUCAUUGCUGUGUGAUAGCCGUUUUGAGCCUCACGAUUAUUUUGACAUUCUACUGCUGCUCUGCCCAGCACCCAUGAGAUCUCCAAGUGAAGCUUGAAUUGGCAGCAUCAGCUUCAGUUGCUACAGUAACUGAUUUAUAGGAAGUAUUGGUGUUAGUGAUAUAUGUUUCCGAAAUCUCAAGGGUUUCGAUGUCUCGUGUCAUGUCCUGAACUUAGCCUAUUCUUGCUGUUGAUGUUAGAUCCUGUGGAAAUAGAUCAGGGACUGAUUCUCAUGUAAAUCUUGUAUCCAUAAUAUUCUCUAAUAAAAAAGAUAGUUCUCAUUUACAGUA